AUGUCGGCAGCUCCUGAAUCCGAUGCGGUGCGCCAGGACGACCCCAAGUCCGCGCAGCCCGAAGCUCCCGAAUCGGACACCAAGUUGAAGAGGAUGGAUCCCGACUCCAUCCUCGCCGAUGAAGCCGACCCAGACCAGGUGCUGGGCACCGAUUCAUCGUCCGAUGCAGCUGCAAAGCGCACUUCCGCCUUCCAUCUCCCCAGCGAUGCCGGCCAAUCCGACCUCAAAAGGGCCUCCGCUGCUUCUGCCAUCUUCAGUCAGAGCGACUCGAUCAACAGUCCUCGAGCACCCACCCGUUCCAUGACCACAGAGCAGCAUGCCAUCCCAGAAGCGCAACCACUACCAACAACACAGGAGCUGCAGGCUCAAGUCUCCGACCUCACCAACCAGGUGACCGGUCUCAACGAGAAGCUCGUCAAAUCCUUCAAUCGCAUCGCCGACCUCGAGGACGACUACUCGGACGCCCAAGAGACCAUCCGCACCAUGUCGGCAAAGAUCAAGGAGCUCGAAAAGGAGCGCGCAGAGCACCUCGACGCCCUCAACACUGGCCUCCUCGUCGAAAAGGCUCACGUCAGCAGCGAGAUGCAGAGGAUGAUGGACCGUGUCAUCGAAGAGACCGCCCAACGCGGCAAGGCAGAGAGUGACAAGAGCAAGAUCGAGGCCGAGCUCGACGAGCUCAGCUCGAGUCUCUUUAGCGAAGCCAACAAGAUGGUCGCCGUCGAGCGCCUGUCGCGUGCCAGAGCCGAAGAAAAGAGCCGCAACAUGGAGGAGCGGCUCAAAGAUACCGAGGGCAUCAUGCUCGAGCAACAGAAGGUGCUUGCCGAUCUGCAGCGCCAGGUCGAAAAGCUGCAAGCCGAUCCAGCCUCCAAGAAGAUCACCGCCGACACUGCAUCCAUCGCUUCCCUCGAAAGCGACGCCGUCAGCUUCCAUCGCCUCAACACCUCCUCCCUCGCUCGAUCCAUCUCCCAGAGGACCGCUGUGCGUGAGCUCAAGCACAAACCCGCUGCCGACCUUCCAGCCCAAGCUCGUCUCAUCAUCAACAUCGUCCCCUACCAGGAGUUCCGUUCGUUCAUCGCCCAUCUGCGCAAAUUGCGAAAACAGCUGGCUCCUUUCUACAACUAUCCACUCCCGCACGGCGCUCGUGACUCGCUCACCGGCACCCCUACCCCACGCACCGCUUCGCCAGCGCCUCAGCAAGCGUCUAGCGCUGUAUCGACGACGACCAACUCUAUCGCGACUGCUUCAUCCGCCUACAGCCAAGGCAUUGGCGGCGGUCUCUAUUCCAGCUCGCCAUUCGCCAUCGCAGGCGUCAGCCGACACCGUGACUAUCCUACUUUACCGUCCAACGUUGACAACCUGGUAUCGCUGCCAAAUCAAUUGUCCUUGCCCUUCAUCAAGCGCUCCCAGGAAGAGGAUGUAGAACCGUGCCUCCGUCUCGACUUCGCGCCGGGGCUCAACUGGCUCAGCAGGCGUCAGGCCAACACGGCGAUUCUCGAUGGCAACCUCGUCAUCGAACCCAUCUUUUCCGGAAGCACCACCCUCGACGAGGAUCGCAUCCGCCGAGAGAAUGCCCACCUGCCUCCCGCAGCUUGCGCCAUGUGUGGCAUCCCGGUCGUCAACGUGCCUCUGCCAGGCGGUGUGGCAGCUACCGCCAUGUCCUCCGAACAGGGUGGCAAAACUUCCCUCGUACCCAGCAGCAUCGCCACCGCAACUUCCAGCUGGGCCAGCUCAGCCGCGAGCUCGCUCGGCUCAAUCACUGGAAGCUCCGCCAGCAGUGGAUCCAACUCGGCCACCAUCACGCCCAAGCCUUCCAGGGGAGGCUUGUUCAGCUCAUUCAGGCGAUCGUCCGGCACCAACAAAGCCACGGACACAGAGGCGACCGCGACCGCGACCGCCUCGACCGAGGCCACGGAUGCACACGUCGACGUGCCUGUCGAAGCGUUGGUCUCGCCCAACCUGCCGGUGCCCACGCACAUUUUCCGAUUGAGCGAGAGCGCGCCCACCCGCUACCUCCUGUGUCCGCACCACUGCCUCAUGCGUCUUCGCGCCGCGUGCCAGUUCUGGGGAUUUGUGCGCAACCUCGAGCGCUCGGUGGUCUUGGAAGGCAAAUUCAUGAAUGACGAGCCUCAUCCGCUCGCCGCCAGCACGCCGUCCCUGGAGCUGGCCAAGCCGCUCGACGCGCCCAAGAGCGAACAGGUCGAGACACUCGAGAAGGCCGUCGCUGCUGCGGAAAAAGAGGAAGAGGCCGCGCCCGCUCCGGAAGAGCCGGCUGCUGCUCAGUCAGAGAACAAGGAUGACGGCGAUGCCGACAAGGAGGCGGAAUCCGACGACGAGACCGAGGCAGAAAAGGUCAAGGAGAGCGUGCAGGAAGGCUCAGGUGCUUCCGACGCUUCUGACACUGCUUCUGGGAACAAAGAGGCGGCGGAUGUGGAGAGCAAAGCCGCACCGGCUGCCGAGGACACAGAGACGUCAGAGGCGAAGGACAAGGAAGACAACGAGGAGACAGACGAGACGCCCGCAGAGGCAGCCACCAAGCACGACGACGAUGACUUUGCCGACGCUCCAUCCUCGCCGACCGAGCCCAAAGCACCGGACGCGCCAGAAGACGAGCAGAAGGAAGAUGAUGCUACGGACGGCGCGACCAAGGCAGAGACUGCGGCUACGGAGCCAGCGGGUGAAUCGGACCCGACAGCGACCGCUGAUGCGAGCAAUGCUGCGGCUGGUGCUGCCGAAGGAUCGGACGCAGCUGCUGCCCCUGCGCCGCCGCUGCCUCCACGCUCGGUAGCGCGCGGCACGGGCUCCGUGUCGCCCGCACCUGCUGUCCCCCCACGCCGCCAUCCUCGCGCGGGCGCGCUUGCUGUGCCACCUCAACGCAGCUCGAGCGCAUCUGCAUCCGCACCUCUGCGCCCCGCCACGCCCGCCAACACGGCGCUCUUCCUCGACCGCCUCGACGCCAUGGAGUGGGAGGACAAGAUGUGGACCGAACUCACCAAGCUCAAGGAAGAGCUCUGGCGCGCACGCAUCGGUUUGGUCACCGACGACGCCACCAUCUGA